AUGGCAAAAAAUUUGAACUCUAUGGCGACAGAUAUUGAAAAUGUUCCGUAUAAUUUGUGGUGCCAGUCCAGUUACGAACAUUCUGUGGUCAAGAUCAUAUGA